AUGGACCACACUGGAGAAGAUAUCACUCAAUCUACAGCAAGGAAUGCGCCUGGAUCUCCAACAAAGAAAGCCCGAAACUACCAUCUAACUCCCGGCAUCUCUCCAUUCCCCCAGUGGAAGCAUCCGACACCCAAGGAGUGUGAAAGUAUCAAAAACCUCCUCUCAGGAGUCCAUGGUGAAAUUUUCGCACCGAAAGUCAUCCCCGCACCAUCCUUGACAGUCACAGGCUGCGGGGAAGUUCCCUCUGUACUGGAUGCACUUAUCCGAACUCUUCUCAGCGCAGCAACUACAAGCGGAAACUCUUCCCGCGCCUUCAACGGGCUCGUGCAGCGCUUUGGAAUCCUAGAAGAGGGAAUUGGAAAAGGAAGCGUAAACUGGGAUGCUGUACGGCAGGCAUCGCUGAAAGAUGUCUUUGAAGCAAUCAAGACCGGCGGGUUGGCAAAUAAUAAGAGCAGAAAUCUCAAAGCGAUUCUAGACCUUGUUUAUGCAGAGAAUCAGGAACGUCGCAAGGCUCUUCUUUUCAAUCUGCCCACUGCCUCCUCAUCAACUGUCUCGGAAAUGAGUACUGUCAAGAAAGAAGAAGACAAGGAGUAUGAAAUUGCUUGUACAGAUCAAAACGUCCUUUCAUUAAACCAUCUCCACCACGCCAGUACGGAAGAGGCCAUGGCUGAACUGACCAAGUAUCCCGGAAUUGGACCUAAGACAGCAGCUUGUGUCAUUCUGUUUUGUCUCCAGCGUCCUUGCUUCGCAGUUGACACGCACAUUUUCCGUUUAUGCAAAUGGCUUGGUUGGAUUCCACAGAAGACAACAAGCGAGAUCAUGGCAUUUAAACAUCUUGAGGUGCGAAUCCCCGAUGAGCUGAAAUACUCGCUACACCAACUAUUUAUUCGCCAUGGAAGAACGUGUCCACGGUGUCGCGCGAUAACCGGCGAGACUAGUGCUGGCUGGGAAAAGGGAUGUGCAAUUGAUCAUCUUGUUAAGAGAACUGGGAAGCGCAAGGGUGGAAAGGAGAAGGGAACCAAGCAGCCAACUAAGAAGAGGAAGACUCGGCCUCGGUCUACUGUUGUGGCUAAGAAACGGAAGGUUGUUUCUGGGGAGAAGAAUGGAGAGGUUAAGAUUGAUGUUGAAGUCGACACUGAAGUCGAUGGUUAUUCGGAUUUUACUGAACAGUCGGAUACGGUUCUUGAUGUACUUUCGGACUAA